CAGCAGGAACCCGAAGGCCGGGGCUCCGGCAGCGGAAGGAAAGCGGAGCGCCGACUUCGGAAAGGCGGGGUUCUUCGGGCAGCGAGCGAGGUCAACGCGGGGCGGGGUGAAUUGCGAUGUGUGUUGGUUUCCGUUUUUUAUACCUUAAACCUCGCUCGCGCCGCACAACCGCUUCCAAUUGACGAGUUUUCCGGGUUUUCCGGAUUCCCGCCUCCUUUCUUGCUCUCUUUGCGUCUCAAAGUGUCGAUAAAUCUGAGGAGAGGCGUCCCCCUGCCAGGCCAAUUCGUUUUCCCGCACUCCCCCUCUUCCUACGUUUCACCACGCGACCAUCUCGUUCUCCCGGCAAGCGAACACACAAGCAGACAAGGAGAACGAACGACGGCGGAGAAGGGACUGAAGCUCACCCGCCAUGGCGACACACAACAUUGUUGUUUUUGGUGGCGACCACUGCGGUCCGGAGGUCGUGGCCGAGGCUAUUAAGGUCCUCAGGGCAAUUGAGACGCACAGCCCGUCGGCCGGCAAGUUCAACUUGCAGGAACAUCUCCUGGGCGGUGCAUCCAUCAAAGUGCACAACAACCCGCUGACCGAUGAAGCCCUGGCGGCGGCCAAGUCGGCCGACGCCGUCCUCCUCGGCGCCAUCGGCGGGCCGGAGUGGGGCCCGUCGUCGCCCGUGCGGCCGGAGCAGGGCAUCCUGAAGCUGCGCAAGGAGCUCGGCACAUACGGCAACCUGCGGCCGUGCAACUUCGCGUCCGAGUCGCUGGUCGAGAGCUCGCCGCUCAAGGCCGACGUGUGCCGCGGCACCGACUUCAUCGUGGUGCGCGAGCUGACGGGCGGCAUCUACUUUGGCGACCGCAAGGAGGACGACGGGUCCGGCUUCGCCCUGGACACGGAGCCGUACUCGCGCGCCGAGAUCGAGCGCAUCGCCCGCCUGGCCGGCUUCCUCGCCCUCGCCAGCAACCCGCCGUCCAAGGUGUGGAGCCUGGACAAGGCCAACGUGCUGGCCACCAGCCGGCUGUGGCGCAAGGUCGUGUCCGAGGUCUUCGCCAAGGAGUUCCCCCAGCUCGAGCUCGGCCACCAGCUGAUCGACAGCGCGGCCAUGAUCAUGGUCAAGAACCCGCGCGCCCUCAACGGCGUCGUCAUCACCAGCAACCUGUUCGGCGACAUCAUCAGCGACGAGGCCUCCGUCAUCCCGGGCAGCAUCGGCCUGCUGCCGAGCGCCAGCCUGGGCGGCAUUCCAGACGGCAAGAGCAAGUGCAACGGCAUCUACGAGCCCAUCCACGGCUCUGCGCCGGACAUCUCGGGCAAGGGCAUCGUCAACCCGAUCGGCACCAUCCUCUCGGUCGCCAUGAUGCUGCGCUACUCGCUCAACCUGCCCAAGGAGGCCGCCGCGGUCGAGGAGGCCGUCAAGCGCGCCAUCGACAAUGGCACGCGCACCAAGGACAUCGGGGGGGAUGCCGGCACCGCCCAGAUGGGCGACGCCGUGGUCGCCGAGCUGGUGAAGCUGCUCAAGGCUUGAUUAAGGAGCUUCAGGCGGUGGUGGUAGAAAAAAGCGCCUUUGUGCCGCAAAGGGUUAUCCAAAAAGUGGCUCUGGAGGGAGGGGCUGACUGGUUGAGUGCGAUAUUGCGGGCUCGGC